UCUUUUGUCUUAUUUUUUUUUCUCUCAAAUCUAUCCUACAAGAACUCAAUGAACCAAAGAUUAGAAAUAGAAGAGAUCAGUGAAGAAUUGCUUGAUUCAUUGAAGCAGAAAUCUUUGGAAGCUAGAAACCUUUCAUAUAAUAUUUAUUCCAAAUUUGCAGUAGGGUGUGCUCUCCUUACAGAAUCUGGAGAUGUGUUUGUUGGAGCAAAUGUAGAGAAUGCUAGCUACCCUGCCUGCAUAUGUGCAGAAAGAGUUGCAAUUGUUCAAGCAUUGAUGAAAGGACACAAGAAAUUUCGAGCCAUUGUCGUAUCUAGUUCUGGAGAAGACGUAGUAUCCCCCUGUGGUGUUUGCAGACAAUUCAUCUUUGAGUUUGGUCCAGAUACCUCUGUUUACAUGCUAGGAAAUGAAGGUAAGAAGACUAUAAAAUACACUAUAUCAGAAUUACUACCACUUGGGUUUGGUCCUUCACACUUGGGAAAGUGAAACCAAUCUACGACUCGGUUGCAAUAAUAAAAAAUAAAACAAUAACAAAGAAGAUAUUUGCUAUUUAGCGCU